GGCAUGAAGUAAACACGCUGUUGUCUAUUAUAAUAAAACGAUUCAUCCCGUGUCUGCUCUCGAGUACGUCAACAAAUGACCAUUAGCAUGGAAAAAUAAUAAUAGUGAGGACUAGCAACAGGACAAUCGCUCUCACUGUCAAUCAUGUAUGGUUUCGUGAAUUACGCUCUGGAAUUGCUGGUUGUGAAAACAUUCGACAAUGAGACAUGGGAAGCAAUAAAGAAAGAUGCCGCUGUUAAUAUGGAGGGGCAGUUUCUUGUACGACAAAUUUAUGACGAUGAGAUCACAUAUAAUAUUAUCUCGGCAGCAGAGAAAUUACUCAAAAUCCCAGCAAAUCAGAUUCUUGAGCUCUUCGGACGAAUGUUCUUCGAGUUCUGUCAGGACUCUGGCUAUGAUAAAAUCCUACAAGUCUUGGGUGCAACUCCUCGCGACUUCCUCCAGAAUUUGGAUGCACUGCAUGAUCAUUUGGGUACCCUUUAUCCUGGAAUGAGAGCUCCAUCUUUUCGCUGCACAGAGAGACCUGAGGAUGGCGCCCUAAUCCUGCACUACUAUUCCGAUCGUCCAGGUUUGGAACACAUUGUCAUUGGAAUUGUCAAGACAGUGGCCAAGAAAUUGCAUGGAACAGAUGUUGACAUGCAAAUACUCAAGACGAAGGAUGUCUGCGAUCAUGUUCAGUUUUUAAUCACGGAUACAUCUACUCCUGGGGUAACCACUAAACCUAUCACAGCUGAGCUGAAGACCCUGUCUGUUGAACCAAAGGUCAGCCCAUCAACGUUCUGCCGAGUCUUUCCUUUUCACCUGAUGUUCAAUCGUGACCUAUUUAUAGUGCAAACUGGCUGCACAAUAACCCGAGUAAUACCUCAAGUGACAACUGGUGGUUGUAAACUCAGUGAUAUUUUGUUGACCGUCAGACCACAUUUGGAGCUCACAUUUGAAAAUAUUUUAUCGCACAUCAAUACUGUUUAUGUGCUUAAGACGAAGAAGGGAGUAAUGAAGGUGGAGGCAUCAGAGGAAUUCUCAAAUUUACGAUUGAAGGGUCAAAUGCUGUAUAUACCAGAAUCCGAUUUAGUAAUCUUCCUGUGUUACCCCAGCGUAAUGAACCUUGACGAUCUUACAAGACGUGGUCUUUAUCUGAGUGACGUACCCCUUCACGAUGCUACACGAGAUCUGGUCUUGAUGUCUGAACAAUUUGAGGCUGAUUACAAACUGACGCGAAAUCUCGAAUUACUUACUGAUAAGCUACAGCAGACAUACCGGGAAUUAGACGGAGAGAAGCAAAAAACUGACAGAUUGCUGUACUCGGUACUACCAAUAUCAGUGGCAAGUGAGCUGCGACAUUCGAGACCUGUCCCUGCUAAAAAAUACGAUUGCGUAACACUAUUAUUCUCCGGUAUCGUUGGGUUUGGUGCAUAUUGCGCUGCUAAUACCGACUCAAAUGGCGCAAUGAAGAUUGUUAAUAUGCUAAAUCAGCUGUACAUAGCCUUUGACGUUCUUACGGAUCCAAAGAAAAAUCCAAACGUUUAUAAGGUGGAAACCGUGGGUGACAAAUAUAUGGCAGUUAGCGGACUGCCUGAGCCUUGCAGGAGUCAUGCUAGAUGUAUCGCAAGACUUGCCCUAGAUAUGAUGGACUUAGCUACCGAUGCGGUCCAAAUAGAUGGCGAGCCAGUGAAAAUCACCAUCGGCAUUCACAGUGGCGAGGUCGUUACUGGGGUUAUAGGACAUCGUAUGCCACGCUAUUGCCUGUUUGGUAAUACUGUCAAUCUCACAAGCAGAACUGAAACUACCGGGGAACCUGGAAAAAUUAAUGUCUCAGAGGACGCAUAUAGAUACUUAUGCAUGCCUGAGAAUCAGGACCCGCAAUUCCUGUUGGAGUACCGAGGGCCCGUUACUAUGAAGGGGAAGAGUGAGCCUAUGAAUGUAUGGUUCCUAUCAAGAGAAACCGAAUUACCGUCAUAAAUUAAGUGUUUAAAUAAAUAACAACAUUCUCACGUAACUCAUUUUCCACCUCUGUCUUCUCCAAUGAUCCGUUAAGCUGUAGGAUGAAAAAUUUCACAAGAGCAAUAAGCGAUAUUGACAUUUACUUAAGAAUAAAUAUAUAUAUAUCGUCACUAGCUCUGUAAUGCAAUACAAUAAAUGUAAAA